AUGGCAGAAAGUACUUCAAUCGAAGAAUGGCAUCAAAAAUUAAUUGGAAAGAAAUUAGUUUCUUCUGGUGAAGUUGCAGCUACAGACGAUUCAAAUGUUUUUAAAAUAGAAGAUUUACCUAAAAAUCACCGUGUUAUAGGACCAGAUACGUUUUACAUCAUGAAUUUUGUUCCUGAAAGAUUGAACGUUCAUAUUGAUAAAGAAAAUAAAGUUACUAACGUUAAAUUUGGUUAA